UUACAGGUAUCAACAAACAAGCCUCUUCGUGAACCAGCUUCUCGUAGUAAAAUAUGGGUAAAACCAACUGACCAGAUGGAUUUGUGGUUAGAUUCACAAGGCUAUUAUAGAAAACACACAGCUAAAGAUGGUUCAUGUCUUUACCGAGCAGUUUCUGAACAGAUAUUUCUAGCUCAGGCAUUUCACCUCGAUGUUAGAAGACAAUGUGCAGAGUAUGCUCAUCGCCAUCCUGAACUGUUAUCAAGUGUAACACAUUGUACAGUUGAUGAGUAUGUGGAUCACAUGAAACAUCCUCAUGAGCUAGGAGGAAAAGUAGAACUACAAGUCAUGUCAUUAAUGUUCAGGAGAGACUUUCUGGUGUUUUAUGAGGUUGGAAAAAACUUCCAACAAGCAACAGAUAAUGGUUUCAAAGAUCGCAUCAUGUUGUGUUUAUCUCAAGAUCGGCACUACGACUCUGUUUACACUAAACAAUUCAUCUCAAAUGCUGCGUUCUGUCAAUCUCUUAUUUAUGAAACAUUGUACAAAGGAGUUUUUGAACUUCUUGAAGUGGAUUAUGCUGUUAAAAAGAUGUUACACGACAAAUCAUCAAAAUAUCAAAGGGAUUCAAGCUCUUUUCUAAUGAAUGGGUUAGCUCUGCGACUUGAAAUAAGGGACAGUUACUUCAAUGUCAAAGACUUGUUAACUCUGGGAGUUACCCCAUUUCCCUACAAAGUGGCUAAAUCAUUAGAUCCAGAUAUUUAUAGAAAUGUUGAAUAUGACACUUGGAAUGAUAUUCGGCGAGGACUGAGGUAUGGAAUGUACAUGUGGAACAAUCGAGAACUGCAAGUUGGAGUAAAGUGCCUCGUGAAGCUUCAGCCAGACCGAGUUUGCCAUGCGCACAUUCAGGACAUGGCCCCAAAUAAAGGACCAGUUGUUGUAUUUGUUGAAGAACUGGGUGAGAAGGUGACAGUGGACUAUGAGAGCUUAGAGCUACUACCUCAGCCUCCACAACCUCCAUCUCUGCCCUUGCCUCUGAAACAGCUGAGACAACUGCAGACAAUAAAGGCACUUACUCAUGAUAUGCUGCCACAUGAAGACAUAGGUGAAAAAGAUGUCUGUACUGAAUCAUUAACAGUUAGUAAUUCUGAUAAAGAUGAUGUUUGGCGAAUUGUACCAGAAUCAGACGGGAAAGCUGCUCCAAAGCUAAAAAUGUUUGCAGAACUUUCAAAGCCUAGCAAAAGAUCAAGCAAAGCAUUUCGAACCAAAACCAAAGAUUUACAGUUACAGUCAAGUUCAGAUUCUGUCAAGAAUCAAGCUGAGGCCAAUUCAGUUGUUUCUAGUUCUGACUGUAACUAUCAACAACAAGAUGUGUUGAACUAUCAGCAGGAGAGCUAUGAAGAAUACAAUUCCCAGGGUUAUAUGCAACAGGCAGCAGACGAGGAGAUGGAACAGAAGGGCACUGAGGUGGAUUCCAAGCACGCCUCCGACUGUUUUUGUGUCUGGAACCCCAACACUACUACAUACCCAGCACAGAGACUUAUAUCCCCACCCCCACCUACUGUUACGUGCCACACAAAACCUGAGGGGACCGAGAGCUCCCAGUGGGUCAGUAGCAGAAGAGUCCUUGAAGCUGCUAAAGACCUAGAAAUUAUCAUUAGACUGGGAGCUGUCAGAGGCCCAGAAGAGCUACCAGAGGAUAGAAACUUCACAAAGCCGGUGUUGCUCCUUCAGAGAACUUGA